AUGAAGACACUAUUUCCAUCGCUUUCAACAUUCCUCGUGCUGUGUGCCGAAUGGGCCAGUGCAGACCAUCCCGGAAUACCAGAUGCUCUCGUGGAGGCAGCUCCGUUCUCGCAAUUCAAAAACGUAUCUAUACUUGGGGAUAGUUAUGCUGCUGGAAUAGGGGCCGGGAAGCUCCUGGGAAGCAAGGAAGAUAAAAAGUGUUCGCGCUACGACGGCGCAUACGGUCCCGUUUUAUUGUCGCUAUCCAAGGAUAACAAGCCUGAAUCUCAGUUCAUUGCCUGCUCUGGAGAUACCUCGGACGGCAUCAAGAAGCAAGCCGAAUCUUUGGACGACAAGUCUCAUGAUCUGGUAACGUUGUCUGCAGGGGGAAAUGAUGCCCUCCUUGCAACCAUUCUGAAGAAGUGUAUCCUUCUCCCAUCAACCAUUAAAAGUUGUGAUAACGCCCUUGCGGAAUCGGAAAAGAUUAUCAACAACAAGCUCCAAGGCAAUAUCGAGGGUCUCCUGAAAGUGGUCAACAAAAAGAUGAAGGACGACGGCAUUGUCCUAUAUACCCUCUAUGCAACCUUCUUCAAUUCCGAAACAGACAAGUGCGACAAGGAGAGCUGGAAUUAUCUGGGACCGGUAACUCCAGGCGGGGUAGGUAGCCUGAAGUUAACGAAAGAUCUCCGCAGGACAUUCAACAGGCUAGUAACGAAGGCGAACGACAAAAUUUCCAAGGCCAUUGAGAACGCCAAUAAAGACAAACGCGUCAAAGUGGUGCCUGUCGCUUGGGACAAGUAUGUGGUUGAAUCGAAGGGGCGGUUCUGUGAAGAAGACCCAGAUAGUAAGAACAAGGCAUUUUUCCAGCCCAAAAACCCGCUCCCCAUAAAGGCCGUCGAGGAUGAUGCCGAGAGUCCCAACCCUGCCGAGAAGACUGCUGCGAGUCCCAACCCUGCCGAGAAGACUGCUGCGAGUCCCAACCCUGCCGAGAAGGCUGCUGCGAGUCCCAACCCUGCCGAGAGUCCGGAUCCUGCUAAGACCUCCGACCCUGCUAAGACUCCCAAUCAUGCCGAGAAGGACAUGGAGGUUAUCCAGAAGCGUGUACCAGACGGCAUCGGCAAGGUGUUCCAUCCCAAUGAGCUCGGGCAAGGCAUAAUUGCGACACACGCAAUCUUGGCUUUGUACCAAGCACUGGAACCACCAAAAGUUUGCAAGAUGAAAGAGCCGAAACCAACAUGUAACAUGGACUGGGCAUCCGAAUUGCCAUUCAACGUUUUCGACAAGACUUAUGCCAAUUUCUGCAAAAGAGUAGAAGCCAUGGAUCAUCUCCCUCUUGAGCUGAAGGUCAAUUCAGACGGAAGCAAUGCGAGCCCCGCUAUAGUCGUCCAGGAUCCUUCGAAUUAUCCGUGGUGGCCUCUCUUUGGUUUCCAAAAGCGAACACCACCUCCCAACCCCGCGGCGUUCGACGAUGCCCAUAUCAUUUUCGAGUGGUUACCGCGACCCAGACCCUGCAAGAUGAGCUGCAAAAACGCACUUAGCACAAUCACCGCGUCUCCUUGUGGACACACCGGCAGCCAGAUGAACACAAUGGCAGUCUAUGGGGAAAUUGACGUAGGGUGCGGCGUCUACAGAUACAAACUUGAUGGUCCAAAGGAUGUUGUACCACCACCCCCCGAAAAAGAACCAGAUCCGGUAAAGCCAGAGCUCUCAAAAAUCCACUGCUACAAAACAAAUGAGUUCGGCAAGCACGAUGAUGUAAACCCUCUGUGGCAGCGGAUGCUCAUCAGCCCAGCGUGUAAACCGGCCAAAGGCAAGACCAUGCGUGAAGGCGACGACCCCAUUGUAUAUGAUACCACAGGCAAGGGGGGCCCAUAUUAUUAUGAAAUCAAAUGGAAGCACAAGUGCAAGAGUACUGUUAAAGAGUUGGAUCCGUAUCAUCCAGUUCCAGGUGAUAAAAGUGUCGUGUGCGAAAAACUGUUCUAUAGGGCUUAUAAAGAGUGCGAUAAUGGGGGUACUGGUGGUUCUUUCGACGUCGGGUGUCUGCGAUAUGACUUCGCUGCCAUGCCUAAGAAGUAG